CAAGCGAGCCCACAAGCAGACAGCAGAUAGUAUAUAGAAUAGGGAUUUUGUUUUACUACGGUCCACUGUCCGCGCGCGACCACGUACGUGCAUUACAUGCAUUACACGAAAGGGGGUGGCACAGCGAGAGGCGUUCCGCUUUUUGGAUUUCUUCUAAAAAUAUCUGUUAUCUUCUGUCUGGUCCCAUUGGAAGCAGACAUCUGCAGUCAUGCCUAAAGUAAAAGGAGAGAAGAAGUCACGAGUUCACAAAGAAGUACAGCAACAAGGUUUGAUGUUCAACACGGACCUAGGUCAGCAUAUUUUGAAGAACCCGUUGAUCAUCCAAAGUAUGGUUGAUAAGGCAGCCCUGAGGUCAACAGAUGUUGUGCUGGAAGUGGGUCCUGGAACUGGAAAUAUGACUGUCAAACUGCUGGAAAAAGUGAAGAAGGUCAUUGCAUGUGAAGUGGAUCCAAGGAUGGUGGCCGAGCUUCAGAAGCGUGUCCAAGGCACACCCCUCCAGCAGAAGCUGCAGAUCAUCGUCGGAGACGUGCUCAAGAGCGAGCUGCCGUUCUUCGACGUGUGCGUGGCUAACCUGCCGUACCAGAUCUCGUCUCCGUUCGUGUUCAAGCUGUUGCUGCACCGGCCGUUCUUCCGCUGCGCCAUUCUGAUGUUCCAGCGGGAGUUUGCGCAGCGGCUGGUGGCGCCGCCCGGGGACAAGCUCUACUGUCGCCUCUCGGUCAACACUCAGCUGCUGGCCAGGGUCGACCACAUCAUGAAGAUUGGCAAGAACAACUUCCGUCCGCCUCCCAAGGUGGAGUCGAGUGUGAUUCGGCUGGAGCCGCGCAAUCCGCCGCCGCCCAUCAACUUCAAGGAGUGGGACGGCCUGGUGCGAGUGGUGUUUGUGCGAAAACACAAGACGGUGGGCGCUGCGUUCCGACUGGCCACCGUCACCCAGAUGCUGGAGAAAAACUAUACCACAUGGUGCUCCGUCAACAACAAGCCGGUCCCAGAGGGAUUCGACGUCAAGCAGGCUGUGGAGCAGAUCCUCACCAACGGCGGCUUCAUGGAGAAGCGGGCUCGGCACAUGGACAUGGACGACUUCCUCGGUCUGCUACAGGCGUUUAACGCCGAGGGAUUCCACUUUACGUGAUGGUUGGAGCUGGAACUGCACGAUGGAAUCUAUGUCGCUCCUGAUGAACUGGGGAGUGGAGGCGUUAGCACCCUUCCUGCUACAGUGACCAGCGAUAUGCAGGUAUCCGGCCCUGAAGGGCCGAGGUGUCACCCUUAUCUCUUGGGUGCCGUGUGGGACGUGGGUGGCCGUCCAUACCAGAUACUGCCUUCAGGCUGGACGCCAAUGUGCUAUUGAGAUGAAGAGCCUAAUGAAGAUAAGUGACUUGUUUGAUAUGUUGAUACGACGUAUAACAAUAGUGCAGGUGGGUAACGUUUUGUGAAUAUGCUGAUGGUGACUGGAAAUAUUACUGUUGUGUGUUGUACAAAAGGUGAAUGAAUAUCGAUGCACGCUUCUAUGUGCGAAAAGUGGGAUGGGAGGAUGCAUUACAAUGCAACCUCCGAUCCCUCUGGAGCCGAUAAUUAUCGGCUCCAUAACUUGCCGAGUGUGCAGCAAGUGCGGUGAAACACUGACUGCCGCGGCAACGUUGAUGGCCGGUGAUGAAUUACUUUGUUGUUGGUUGAAAAUAGACUGAGGUGUUUAGAA